AGACGAUAGAGGUCUCUAUGUUCAAAAGAGCUUUUUCAGUAAAUUGUGCAGUCAAGAUGUCAAGCAAUUCCUACUACAAUCCUGACGAGGUCAUUCCUACUAACAGCCCCCUUUUAACAGCAGUCCGCCCACGCCUGGAACCAAGUCCAAACAUAUCUUUCCUUACUCAAAUUGGCGAAUAUAACGUCGACGACUACCAUCUCGAUGCCCCAUGGACACGCAAUUGCGCCUUUCUGGCCGUGCAACACCAUUCAUGUCCCUGGAGUCGACAACGAUGCUCCCGAGCCCCGUCGAUACUAUAUUGCUUGAUCAAUAUAGGCGGAAGGGACCCAGACAUCGCUAGGCAUGCACAGCGUGAAGCCUUACCCCCUUUAUCUUCCAGAUGGAAAGAGCAAGUUAGCGAUACCAGUCAAUCAGUUAUCCCAGGUAGCGCGCCCAGUGCCAAAUCGAUCGGGGUGUCAGACAAUAAUGCUGAAUUCGUGUCGAGUGUAUCGACGACGCAUUCUUCAUUAGACCGGGCGCCAUCUUAUAUUAAUCUAGCAACAAAAGUAGUGUUGUCACCCUGUAUUCUUUCAUCCGACUACUCUCCUCAGUCAUUGCCUUCUUCAGAGCAAGUCUUCACAAUGCGAUUGCCGGUGGCCGCUCGACGACGCUGGGGACUCCCUCUGUCCUUGAGCGGCCGCAGUAGAAACGUUACUGUUAUGUCUUGCGCAGACUCGGGCGCUGACGAUAAUUUCAUGGCGUUGGACGUAGUCCAUAGUCUUGGGCUACCCUUGAGUUCUGAGCAAGAGUACCUGAAGGAAUUCUGCAUAGCGAACGGAAAGGUCAUUAAAUCUUUGGGGAAGGUUGUAUUGCCAUGCAACUUCUCACAGGGAACCGCCUCGCCCGAUGCUCUUGCUACCUUCUUUUACGUCUUUCGGACCUUAGCUGAGCCUAUUAUCAUGGGCUUGAAAUUCCUGGAGCUCACUGAGACAUUCAGUAAACAUCGAGAUCGUCUUGUAGAACUCAGCGUGUUCGAAAAUCAGCCUCUCCGAGUUCUGUCCAUAGGUGUACCCAGGAGGAACCUCGUAUGCCUUUUGGCUGAAGAUAUAGUCUUCGCGAUUGCGGACUCGGGAUCUGAUCUUGAUUUUGUUAGUGAGAAGUAUGCCUCUUCUCGUAAUCUCACAAUUAUUCCUAAUCAGGAGAGGAUCAUGUUUGCGGAUGGCACCAUCGAGACCACUUCUGGUGUAACGAGACUACCAUUAUUGGUUCAAGGCCUGGAUACGGAUGACGCUUCAAACGAUUCGAAGAGCUCAGUCACGCUCUCAAGAGAGUUUCACAUCUUUAACGGUCUUGUCCACGAUGUUUUGAUUGGUCACGCAACAAUUGAGAAGCUACAGGUAUUUACACGUUUUAAUUCGUCGCUGUUGCCCGGAUUUGGACUCGCGGACCUCUUGAGUUUAAACAUAAUUCGGCACCUGAAAAAGGUUCCGACGCUCAAAAAGAUCACGAAAGUUGUUUGGCGUCGCCUCUUGCGCCAUCAUGGACCAGCCCAGAACGCGCCGCUAACCCAUUAUAACGAUGAUGAUGAUCAACGCGAAAACGCCCGGCGGUCUGCGGAAUUUGAGCGCAUCGAAGCACUUAAUGAUCCUGCUGAGGUUGCUCGAGCUCGAGCAAAAGAGGACAGUCGCCAUAAAGAGUAUCUGCAGUCCAGAUUUGCAAUGAAUACACUGAACUACAUUAGCAACCGGUCGGCAUCACCAGCCUGGUCCACAACAGCCGAUAGUGGUAGGUCGCUGCAUUUUCCAGGGACUUUCGUAUGCAAAUUCUCUGGAUGUGAAGCACCACCGUUUCAGACACAGUACCUUUUGGAUUACUAUACAUCUGUCCAUUCAUCAACGAGGCCACACUAUUGUCCAGUAAGAGGCUGUCCUCGAGCUAAAGGCGGCAAAGAAUUCAAACAAAAGAGAGAAAUGAUCCGUCAUGGACUUGUCCACCAUUCACCUGACUACAUAUGUCCGUUUUGUCCAGACCGUGAGCACAAGUUCGCUCGACUGGAUAAUCUGCAUCGUCAUGUUCGAGUUCAUCAUGUCGACAAGGAUACAGGUCACCAUCUGCUUCGGGGGGUAUUACUCGUACCAUUCAGACCACCCCGACAAUUGAGCGCACCCUCCCCCGACGAUUUGACCAUAACAAGUCAACAAUUAAAUUGACUAUGUUGCCAAAGUGAAAUCAUGCAGUUCAGUCAUUAUUAAUACAAGCUUGUACUAUUGCGCACGAGAUUCACAAUGAAAUAACAAAGCACAAGCAAAAACAUGGGUAGAUUAAUCUUUUUGGCCCUAUUUGAUUUUGCCGAACGAUCCUUUGGCCUACGGUGCGAGGGGAGGGGUUAAGAGAACUCACUUCUCUGGGAUACUAGUCAUUCAAUGAUAGGUACUAUUAUGGGGUGCGAAAGAAUGACAUAUUAGAG